AUGUUGGCUAAACUAUUUAUUCUCCUAAUUUCUAUCAACUCGGCAUUUUCAGCAACUUGCAGUUUUUCGCGUUCGAAUAUUGUAGCAAGCUGGAAAUACACGAAUAAUGCUAUUCAAAUAAGUUUCACCAAUCGGAAUAUUCAAAAUAAUCAAUGGACUGCAAUCGCGUUUGGACAAAGCAUGGUAAUAUUUUAAUGUUGACGGUGGUUGGGCAUAAUAUUUAGUAACAAGAAAAUAGCAGACCAAACUCAUCUGCUUUGAUUUUCGGAGAUUUGAGUUUAAAAAGUUAAAAAGAUUCAUUUUAUCUGUGCGCCUUCCAAAUUUCUCAUUAUUUUCAGCAAAACUUGAGUGUGAUCAUCUUCCAAGUGAUGAAUAAUCAAGUAACUGUUCGAACUGGAGUCACAACUGGAUAUGGACCACCAACUUUGGAUUCAUCUCUUAAAGCCUCUCCACAAUAUGUCAAUCUCUCUGGAACCACUUUGAAUGCAGUUGUAAAUGUGCCAAUGUCAUUUAAUGGAAUGCAACUGUCAUCGUGUCAAACAUGGAAUGUAAGUUUUCUCGAUUCAAGUGGCUACUUGAAAUUUUGGAAUAAUUAAUUUCAGUUCGUUGAAUCUGGCCCAAUUCAAAAUGGUGCAAUUGGUCACCAUACUUCUAGUCCGUUUUCUGUCAAUAAUGUUUGCCCAACACAAUGUAGAUAA